GAUGGUGCGCGAGCCGCGGCCGCGGGACGGGACGGGGGUCGGGAUACGAAAAGUUGCUAACUAGUUUCUAAAGUAGUUAGAGAGUGGUCAUAGCGUUGUUACUGCGCUGAACCCGGGAGGUUUUUCGUGUGAGGACGUUACUACAAGGUUGCAGAAUGGUGAAGUACACGCAAUUCGCAAACGAAAGCAUGGAGCAAAUAGGCGCGACGAGUAGCAACGGAACUACCGGCCAAGAAGCAUCGGAGGUGGUCGUGAUUGAGAAAAGUCACCAGCUGAACAGCAGCGCUUUUGAUCAGCCCAGCGAGCAAAUCCCAAGGCAUGCAAUGCUAAAGAGAUUUGUGGAACACCUUGGAUUCAGACUCUUCAGUUUUUCUCUAAUUAUUAUUGACAUAAGUGUGCUGAUAGCAGACUUAUGUCAACCAAACAAGCCGGCACAUGCUGAGAAUGCAUAUGACAUUGUGGCACUAUGCUUUGUUUCUUUCUUUGUCCUCGAGAUCCUCUUUCGGAUAUAUGCUCAAGGUACUGGAGAGUUCCUGAAGCGUUGGUACAAUGCUGUGGACUUCAUUGUAGUCAUGCUGUCGUUUGUUGCCACAGUUGCAUAUGUCUCUGUCGAAAUAUCCGGAUACUACAAGCUUCUGGUAAUUGGUCGAGUGGUUCGCAUAGUUGGCCUCCUUCGAAUCUACACUGAAAAGAAAAAUUUGACCAAGGGCGCCAGACUCAUGGUGUCCGAGAAUAAGCGACGGUACAGGCAAGAUGGCUUCGAUCUUGACCUUGUUUAUGUGACUGAUAGGAUCAUUGCAAUGUCAUAUCCAUCAUCUGGAAAGAUGUCAUGGUAUAGAAACCCAAUUCAAGAAGUGGAGAGAUUUUUCAGCACAAAACAUCCAAACCACUACCGCAUCUACAAUAUGUGCAGUGAACGAACCUAUGACAACAGCCACUUCAAUGGUUGUAUUGAACGUUACUUAAUUGAUGAUCACAACGUACCUUUACUUAGGGAUGCAGCAGAGUUUGUGGCAAAGGCUCAAGCGUUCUUGAAUGAGAAUCCUGAAAAUGUAGUGGCUGUGCAUUGUAAAGGCGGCAAAGGAAGGACAGGAACAAUGAUUUGUAUGCUGCUCAUGCACAAUGGCCUUUUUGAAUCUGCCCAGGCAAGUCUGGAAUACUUUGGAAAUGUCCGCACAGACAAGACCGUUGGGACCAAGUUUCAGGGUGUUGAGACCCCUAGUCAGAGCCGCUACGUAGAAUACUUUCAGGAAGUGAAGGAGAAGCAUGAUGGAGUGGUGCCUGAUGAGGUUUCAUUAAAAGUCAAAGAAAUAAGGAUCUACAAGUUGUCAGGGGUUGGACAAGGCACAGGAACAGACUUUUCAUGUGAAGUCUUUGAAGCCAAGUCCAAGGUGUUCGAGAUGGACUUUGGACGUCAAAUGAACUGUCAGGUGCACUACCGUUCUGAAGCUGACGUUCUUGAAGUGAGUCCCAUUAACUUCCCUGUUGUUAAAGGGGACGUGAAAUUCAAGUUUUCCUGCCAAAGUCCAUCUGUGCCUCGAGGUUAUGAAGACUGCCCGUUUUACUUCUGGUUCCACACCAGCUUCAUCAAAGACAACAAGCUGUUCUUGCCGAGAGACGUUCUUGAUAACCCUCACAAGCCGAAGACGUGGAAGGUGUACGACGCCGGCUUUGCGGUCGAGCUACUUUUCACCAAUCCGUCCUGAGCCGAGGAUGCUGCAUGCACAACCGGUGCCUCUCGACUUUUUUCCCUGUGAUGUGCAAUCCUGGCCAAUCUACUCAACUCAGCUGCACUCCACAUUGGCAGUGUGGAGAACCACAGACGACCACAACCGACGGUUGUAUUUAUGGGAACUCUGCCUUCAGAGAGCCAUGUACAUAAUGUUUAUACUACAAAUUAUGCUCUUUAUUAAUAUAUGUUUAGGCUUGUGUAGUAUGUUAUGAAUAAAAUGGAGCAGUGCUCUACAUUGUACCUUCAAA